AUGACAAUAAUUCCAGAGGUUUCAAUUGGCUCCAAUGGCCAGACUAUGCCGAUUAUUGGUAUGGGAACUGCUUCAAAUCCCCCAGUAGAUCCGGAAGCCACAAAGCGCGCCAUUCUUGAUGCGAUCAAGACAGGUUAUCGCCACUUCGACACAGCUCUUGUGUACGGAACGGAGGCAGCUCUUGGUGAAGCCAUCGCAGAGGCGUUGACUACCGGGCUCGUAAAAUCCAGAGAAGAACUCUUCAUCACGUCCAAACUUUGGUGUAGCUUCAUGGAUAGGCGCCUUGUCCUGCCUGCAAUCAAGACUAGUCUCGGGAAUUUGAAGCUGGAGUAUCUUGAUCUUUAUCUGAUUCACUGGCCAUUGAAGUUGAGCCAAAGCGUGGAUCGAGUCCCAUUCCCAAAAGAAGAAAUAUCUGCGGCGGAUAUGGAGUCAGUUUGGGAAGGCAUGGAAGAGUGUCUGGCUCUUGGCCUCACCAAAUCCAUUGGUGUCUGUAACUUCUCCUCCAAAAGGCUUGACCAACUUCUUUCUUUUGCCAAAAUCCCUCCAGCAGUCAAUCAGGUGGAGCUGAACCCAUUCUGGCAGCAAAAAGAGCUAAGAAACUUCUGCAAAACCAAGAGCAUCCUCCUCACAGCUUAUUCUCCCUUGGCUGCACCAGCCAAACCAACGGUGGAAAGUGAUGUGCUUGGAGAAAUUGCCAAGGCAAAAGGAAAAACAAUUGCCCAGGUUUCUCUUAAAUGGAUUUAUGAGCAAGGUGUGAGCUUGAUACCAAAGAGCUUCAAUAAGGAGAGGAUGAAAGAGAAUCUUGAUAUUUUUGGUUGGUCAUUCACUGAGGAAGAACUGAAUAAGAUCAGUCUGCUUCCUCAGCGCAAAACUUGCUUUCUGAAAUCGUUCAUGGAGCCUCAUCAUCAAGUACUUGAGAUCGAUGCAGAGAUUUGAGCCUCUA